UUAAUAUAUAGAAUAGCGGGCUCAUUUGCCCUUUUAUCAUUCUUGGGAGCAUUGUUUGUGAUUAUCACUUUUGGUCUGUUCAAGGACUUGCAAAAGUACCCGACCAAACUGGUGUUCCUGUCGUCUCUUUGCGAUCUGAUAUUCAGCUUCAAGUACAUGGUCACAUCAGUCAUUCCCAACUCACAGUACAUUCAAAACACAGAGAUUGGCUGCUAUGUCCAGGCAGGCUUCCAGCAAUUCUUUGGCCUGGCCGCCAUCUCCUGGUCGGGCAUGAUCUCAUUCAACUUGAUCCUGACAACGGCCAACCCAUUCAAGGGCAACCUCAACCCAUCUGCCAUGGCACGACUGUACCAUCUCUGGGUCUGGGGUCUGAGCGCCACGACCACAGUGUUCCUCGGCGUCAACUACCGAAUGAUCGGACCGUCUGGCGACGGAACAUGCUGGGUGGCCGACCAACAAUCACCCAUGCGUCUCACCUUUUACAUCCCAUUGCUGUUGUACUUCUGCCUGUCACUUGGCUCACUCAUUGCCGUCAUCUAUUACUCGGCAUAUGAUGACGCGGGGGCCAAGGAGGGUGGCGCAACAGCACGCGCCUCGCGCAAUGGCAUGCGACUUCGCAUGUGUAUCUUCACAGCGGUCUUUAUACUUUGUUGGCUGGGCGAUGUCGUGCAUCGCACGGCACAAUGGCUGGGCCUCAGCAACAACGACAUCAACAACCCAUCUUUGUUGAUGUAUUUUGAUGUGGCUGGCGUGUCCAUCCAGGGCUUCAUGAACUCGCUCGUAUGGCUCACCAAUCCACGUUUCGUCAACAUGCUUCGACCAUACCUGGGGCGCUUCAUCCCAUGCAUUGGCAUCAAGGCCGACGAGAACACACCAUUGCUCGACACGCUUGGCGAUGUAGACCAGGACCCCAACAGACUGGCCACAAUCAUUCGUGUCAACACACUCAAGUGUGUGCUGCGAGGUAUCUCAGUGUCCGUACAGGACAACAUAAAGAUAUCGAAUCAGGAAUUCUCAGAGGGCAAGAGUGGAAGCUAUAUGUGUUUCACUCAUGACAAUAAGUACCUGAUCAAGACAAUCACAAAGGAGGAGUCACAGUUGCUAAAGAGCAACAUUGUAAAGUUCUACCAACACUAUGACACAUACAGGAGUUCAUUGUUGCUGAUGUUCUACGGCUGCCACAAAGUGGUGAUGCCUCACGGACCCAGCCAAUACUUUGUAGUCGUGUCCAAUGUGUUCAGCACAUGUACACAGCGCAUUCAGAAUCGAUUCGAUAUCAAAGGAUCGAGUAUCAAUCGUGGAGGCAACAAGCGAUACGACCCAUCCAAGCUUGGUCUGGACCUCGACUUCCUGAACACUCGUCGUCAACUACCUGCGCCAAUCAAUCUGAGGCAGGACAUCCUGGAUCAGCUGGAACAAGACUCCAAAUUCCUCGAAUCCCUCAACAUCAUGGACUACAGUCUGCUCAUUGGCAUUCAUCAAAAUGGUGGUGGUCGCGCGACCACUACUGACUCUGAUCAAGUUGUGGAAAUCAAUGACAGUUUGGGUCGAUUCACAUCACGAUCAAACAUUGAUGCUGCUGCUGGUGAUGAUCAAUCAGAACUUCAAGAAGUAUAUUACAUUGGAAUAAUCGAUACAUUACAAAUGUAUAACUUUAGCAAGAAACAAGAGAGGUUCCUCAAGGUAUACCUGACUCGGAAGAAUGCCACUGAGAUCUCUGCCGCUCCACCAUCAUUCUAUCAAGAGCGAUUCAUGAAGCGAAUGCGACAGAUCAUUCAUACCCCAUCCGACACCAACUCUAUCACCUACUCCAACUCCAAUUCCAACGCCAAUGCAAAUGAUCCAAAAGAUGAAGAUUAUGAUGAUGUUAUAAUACAUGUGGCGCCAGCC